AUGAUCCCAUUAUGUCCAUGUGUUUUUAUAAAGAAAUCGAAUUCUGGAUUUGCAAUCGUAGCAGUGUAUGUCGACGACAUGAACUUAAUUGGAACUCCUGAUGAGAUCAUUAAAACUGCUGAAUAUUUAAAGUGUGAAUUUGAGAUGAAAGACCUUGGAAAAACGAAAUAUUGUUUGGGCUUGCAAAUCGAGCAUCAUCCUAAUGGUAUUCUUGUCCAUCAAUCAGCUUACACUAAAAAAUUUUUAAAGCUAUUUUAUAUGGAUAAUGCCCACUCGUUGAGCACUCCAAUGGUAGUUCGUCCAUUAGACACAAAUAAAGAUCCAUUCCGUCCUGAAGAGGAUGAUGAAAUGAUACUUGGUCCAGAAGUACCAUAUCUUAGUGCGAUAGGUGCUUUAUUAUAUCUAGCCCAAUGUACUAGGCCAGAUAUUGCAUUUUCAGUAAAUUUAUUAGCUAGAUAUAGCUCAGCUCCAACACAUAGACAUUGGAAUGGUAUGAAGCAUAUCUUGCGCUACCUUCAUGGAACAACUGAUAUGGGCCUGUUUUAUUCGAACGAACCUUCCAACGGUCCAAAUCAUAUUGGAUACGUAGAUUCUGGGUAUCUCUCUGAUCCACAUAAGGGUCGCUCUCAAACUGGUUAUGUGUUUACUUGUGGAAAUACAGCGAUCUCAUGGCGAUCUACAAAACAAACUUUGGUUGCUACCUCUUCUAAUCAUGCAGAAAUUCUUGCGCUUCAUGAGGCCAGUAGAGAAUGUGUUUGGUUAAGAUCCCUAGUUCAUCAUAUUCGGAAAACAUGUGAUCUUUCUUCAACAACAAAUGCUCUGACAAUCAUGUAUGAAGACAAUGCUGCUUGUAUAUCUCAAAUUAAAGAAGAGUUUAUCAAGGGUGAUAGAACCAAACAUAUACCACCAAAGUUCUUCUACCCACAUGAGCUUCAGAAGAAUCAAGAGAUUGAAGGAUGCGACGACUUUACAAGCAAUCAGACUGUUGAAGAUCAGGGGGAGAUAUCAAUCCAAGAAACUCCUCAGUUUUUAUCUCAUGUGGUUUUUCCUGACAAGGUUUUUAACGAGGCAACAUUUAGCACGUCCAACAUGAUGUCAUUGUAUGGUGGACAUCCAAGGGGGAGUGUUAUAAAUCCAUAUGUUAUGGGUUUAUAG